UUCACUUUUUUGCCCACAGCAGUGGAGCCAUCUUGCACAGCGUCUCCGCCGUGCAUAUCCCUUGAAAAGGGGACGUUCCUUUUUGGUGAAACAUACUGACAACUUAUUAAAAGUCACAUUUGGAGAUUCUCUAUAGGAGCGGCUAACGUAGCCGCACAAACAAACCGUCUGGGAUGCGCUAUUUGCCGAAAACUUUUGGAGACCGUGGUGGUUGUUUACUGCUGGUAACGAAUCCUCUGGAAUGACAGUUGAGGCCAUUUGGACCGCCUUUUACGCCGCUGAACAGCCAAUCACAGCCCAGCUAACGAUACUCCGAAGUUGUUGAGCGCAUGCGCACGUCACUUGGAAGAAGCACGCUAGCAGGGGAGAUGAGUAGAUGCGCCCGAGCCUAGCCCCGUCACUUUCGUCAUUAUUUCUGCUCCGAACAAGUUGGAAGUGCAUGGGGUGUCAACACAACGAGACGCCCCCAUGGUUAGUCGGCGGACUUUGCCACGGGACACGAGGCUGGCAAAACACUCAUUAUCGGUGUUGCUGUGACUGACUUGACUCGUCAGGAGGAAGCGGGCUCAUACUCUGCGCAGACAUUCAAUGACCAACUAUGAACUGUCAGACUUCAGGAAGUACUGUACCUCCCGCGGGGACUACGGUGGCGAGUUGUAAUAACAACUGUCCCGUGACAUCUGUCACUAGCAGCGGACCCGUGCUGUCCAAGGGGUCGAGCGCUGCCAUCGUGGCUCCCUUGUCAAACACCGUCAUCCAGACGCCUCUCCCCAGCUCGCAAGGUGUCAUCGCCUCAGCUCCCACCGUGACCCUCGUCAGGCCUCCUAUGCAAAGCGGGCAGUUGGGUCCAACGUUGAACGGAAACAGUGAUGGGAUACGCGCGGUAGCGCCUGCGAUCAAGGCAGAGUCCACCGCCACCAACAUGCAGGCUUCAUCGCAGCAGACUGUCACUUCGGACGCUGCUGGUGCCCCCCCAGCGGCUGGUCCAGGUGGGAUCCAAACACUGACGCAACAGAUAUUGUCGCCUAGGCUCCCGCUGACAUCCACCGGGCAGCCCAGCGUACAUAACAUCCAGCUUCCUCCUGGGAUGGUGCUCGUGCGCAGUGAGGCUGGGCAGCUGUUGAUGAUUCCUCAACAGGCGCUGGCCCAGAUGCAGGCACAGGCACUAGGUGGCAUGGCACCCCGAACUGCAACACCAAACAUGCCUCCAGGCCAGGUUCCUGGGAACAGCAUCAUCAGCAGACAAACAUCUCCGAGCAGCAUUAUCCGACCGGGUUGUACAAAUGCAGCAUCGUUGCCUUCCACCACUACUCUUCAUAGACCUCCUGUCCUUCAGAGUUCAGUGGGGACGGCAAUACCAGGAAUGGCCCCGAGAAGCCAAACAGCCGGGACCACAGUUACGUCAGUUACAAUGAGUAAGGAAACAAUGGAGAAUGUGAACAAAUGUAGGAACUUCUUGUCUACACUGAUAAAACUGACUUGCACUGGCAAGCGAUUAGCCGAGGCUGCCAAUGUGAAGCAGCUAGUUAAAGACCUGCUGGAGAAUAAACUGGAAGCUGCGGAAUUCACCAGCAGACUCUAUAAAGAGCUCAACUCAUCGCCCCAACCGUACCUUGUGCCUUUUCUUGAGAAAAAUCUUCCCGCCUUGCGGCAGCUUACCCCCGACUCGGCAGCCUUCAUCCAGCAGAGUCAGCUCGCCCAGCCGGCCUCCGCUUCUGUCUUGUCCCCCUCACCGAGUCCCACCGCCGUUGUCCUGAGUAGCCCGGCUCCUCGCCUCGCCGCUCAAAUCACCCGACCCCAGCUUCAGCCAAAUGUUAGCAAGCCCGGACAGACGCCGUCACUUGUGCUGCAAACUCAGCAGCAAAGAGCAAUGCUGAGACCUCAGGUCCCUUUAGCCGUGUCCUCUAUGGUCAAUCUCAGGAAUCAGGCCCCAGGCCGCAUCGUACUGGGACAGCCGCAGGUCCAGCUCAAAGAGCUGCAGCCAUUUCCUGUGAAGUCGGAGGUGCCAGCUGUUUCUCGACCAAGCGCGGCCACAGUCCUGACUCUGGCUCAAAAGAAUAGGUUGAAAGAAGCCGGCGGUACUUUCAAAGACGACGACGACAUCAACGAUGUGGCCUCCAUGGCUGGAGUCAACCUGUCGGAGGAAAGCGCCAACAUCCUCGCAACCAAUUCCGGACUGGUAGGAGCAGUGACACAUUCCUGCAAGGAUGAGGCCUUUCUCUCCUGCUCUGUGUUACAGAGGAGAAUGCUGGAAAUUGGCCGCCGGCAUGGAGUGACGGACUUCGGACUGGAGGUGAUCAAUUACGUCUCGCAUGCUACUCAGCAGCGACUACGCGAUCUGCUGGAGAGCGUUUCCCUCGUGGCUCAGCAGAAGAAUGGCAAUUUCAAGGAGGAGGACAACCACGAACAGAGCAGUGAUGUUCGUUCUCAGUUGAAGUUCUUUGAGCAGCUGGAGCAGUUAGAGAAACAGCGGAAGGAAGAACAGGAGAGAGAGAUUCUCUUGAAGGCAGCUAAGUCUCGAGCCCGUCAAGAAGACCCAGAGCAGCUCCGUCUGAAACAGAAAGCAAAAGAGAUGCAGCAGCAGGAGCUGGCUCAGAUGAGACAGCGGGAGGCCAAUUUGACCGCCUUGGCAGCCAUUGGCCCGAGAAAGAAGAGGAAGAUUCCGGAUUUACCGUCGUCCACUGCUCUCUCGGAGGGAUCAGGCGGCAAUCUUUCCGGGGGUGCCGGUUCAUCAGGCUCCAGGCCUACGCGGCAGCGCAUCACGCGUGUCAAUCUCAGGGACUUGCUCUUCUGUUUGGAGAACGAGAGAUUUACCAGUCGCUCCAACUUCCUCUACAAAGGCUUUUUGAAAUAGCCUAGGAGAGGAGGGAGAGUCGCGUUUGCGCGGAGAGAGCAACCCCUCCCGGCACGCUGAGAGCAUUCAAGGCUCCCCAAAAAGAAAAUUUGUUUUCCCACAGAUGUAGGACCUCAAACAUCAAAGUAACUGUAACUAGAUAGAAUCACCUCUCUACCUCCCCCCCACUCACUAAAGGUGUGUUUACGCACCCUCUGGUUUAUUAAUGAGUUUUCUGAAGUGUAUUGAUUUUCAACUUAUGCAAAUAUGCACUCUCACUAGUUUUAUUUUCUUGUUCCCUGUCUGUAUGUGCAUUACUAUAUGAAGCACUGAAAAGAACAAUAUUUCUUCACGCAGACUCCACACAUCUAUUUUAAAUCGAAAUCUUAUUUUUAUGUGAAUUAGUAAAUGUAAUUGACAGAGUGUGACCUACUGAAUUGCCUUCCUAACUCAAAGCCAUGUAGCGUACUCUGCUGUAACCCCUAAACAUCUGGCUCCUCAUUACUCAUAUACUGGAUUUUAGUUGACACAUAUAUAUUUAUUUCCCAAAUUUAUUGCUAAAAAUGUAGUUAUUUAUUUAAUUUUAUUUGAUGCAUCGUGUGUCAUGUAAGUUAAUUAUUCUUCUUUUAACUCUGAAGGUGUGUAGAUUUCUGCAUGUGAAGAGUGCUUCUAUUCUAAUAAGUUUUGUCUUGAUUUUAAAAUAACUCCAAAGUGGAAGUCUAUUGAAUUUUAUUUGUUUGUUUGUUUAGUUGCCCACACGUCACUCUUGUACUCUUUGUCAUAGAUUUUGCAGUUAUUUCGCUACAUGAAUAUAUUUUGUUCUUUUCAGCCCCUUUAACUUUUAGCAUCUAUGAUUGAGAAAAGGUGUAUAUUUGUAAAUGUUGCAUCUUAACUUUUACACAUUUAUAAUAGCUGCGAGAAUGUAACCAUAUAAUAAAACAAAUGUUUUCUCAAAUGAACAUUUUGAAUAAAUUAACAUUUUGCACUAA